UUAAGACGGCAACCGAGGCAUGGGCAAUAACACUACCCUAUCCUACCCCCAAUCUCAUCAGUCUUCUACACAACGGAAAAGGGGCAGCCCUCCCGCCCCAGAGGGACCAGAAAAGCGAGGGCAGCAGUCUCAACCUCGCACCCUCUUGCCUCGCCGCCCGCAAAGAUCUCCAUCCCACCCAGCCCAUCCUACCCCCGUCCCAUCCCAUCUAGUCAGUCCUUCAUUCACCCCGACUAGCUACCAGACCAGAGCAGGCCGAAUGGAUCGCCACCGAAAAAUG